UCAGCGCAGAGCUGGACAUGCAUGGAUCUGUAUGUAUUUGCAACGCCAUACAGGAUAGGAUGGGAUUACUACACUACGGCGCAUCAACACACCUUCGAGAUCAAAUCGUGGGAAGAUGCGGGAGAAAUGGAAUAUGUAAAGCAGCAUGGAAUCGCUAUUUUUCUCAUGCCGUCUGGUCUGCUUGGGACAUUGCUAUCCCUGGUCGAUGUCAUACCUCUGUUUUCCAAUACUGUCUGGGGACAGAACGCCAACUUGGCCUUUCUGCAGAAGCGCAUGGGAGCUUCGUUUGAGAAGCGUUCCCAGCCUUGGUCUGCUAACAUAAGGAAAGAUGAUGUGCACUCUGGUGAUUUCCUUGCUCUUUCCAAGAUUCGAGGACGGUGGGGUGGGUUUCAGACAUUGGAGAAAUGGGUGACCGGUGCAUUUGCUGGGCAUACCGCGGUUUGCUUGAAAGAUGAGAACGGCACUCUCUGGAUUGCAGAGUCAGGCUAUGAAAACAAAAAGGGUGAGGAAAUCAUUGCUGUAGUUCCAUGGGAUGAAUGGUGGGGAAUGGCCCUUAAAGAUGACUCAAAUCCUCAGGUUGCAUUGUUGCCGUUACACCCUGAUGUGCGGGCCAAGUUCAAUGAAAGUAGUGCAUGGGAAUUUGCUCGAGGCAUGUACGGAAAGCCAUAUGGCUAUCAUAAUAUGAUAUUCAGUUGGAUUGAUACAAUGUCGGAAAAUUACCCACCACCUCUUGAUGCUAACCUGGUAAUGGCUGCUAUGUCAAUGUGGAGCCGAUUACAACCACGCUAUGCUUCUAACAUGUGGAAUGAAGCCCUUAAUAAACGACUUGGGACUGAGCAACUGGAUCUUCACGGGAUCAUCACGGAGACAGAGAAACGGGGCAUGUCAUUCAACCAGCUGCUCACCAUACCAGAGCAAGACGAGUGGGAAUACAGCGAUGGCAAGUCGACAACCUGUGUCGCCUUCAUCCUCUCCAUGUACAAGGCGGCUGGUGUGUUCGCUCCCUUCACGGAGUCGAUCCAGGUCACAGAAUUCACUAUUCGGGACGCAUACAUGCUGAGGAUGUUUGAGGACAACCGGACGAGGCUGCCAGGGUGGUGCAACGGCGACGCGGACGGGCUCCCCUUUUGCCAGAUCCUCGGGGAGUACAAGAUGGAGCUCCCGGAGUACAACACCAUCGAGCCCUAUGCCAACAUGAACGAAAACUGUCCAUCCUCACCGCCGACAUACAACAGGCCGAUGCGAUGUUGAUUAAUCCUUAGUCGACCGCCUGAUGCUUUGAUAUGGAGCAUGCAUUACGUGAAUAGAUCACUUACCUUUUUCUGUUGUAGCCACAGACGCGAAGUGUACCCAAAGGAUCAUGUGAAUAAUCAACUCGCAAAAAUUGAAUGUGAAAAGGCUGACUGAAGCCUAGCUUUUGCAGUUUUUUGUCGCUGGGAAAAUCCCUUGCGUAUGUAGCCUUGUGUUUCGUUUUUUUUUUCAGUUGUUCCUACUGUAUAGCUAAACUCUGUAUAUCUUGUAC